AUGCUGCUGCUCUGGACGUUCUCGCUGCUGCUGGGAGCAGUAGCAGGAGGUGAAAUCUGCUACAAUAAACUCGGCUGCUUCAGCGAUGCUGCUCCGUGGGGAGGAACCAUCAUAAGACCCUUGAAAAUGUUACCCUGGGCUCCGAGUAUUAUCAAUACCCGCUUCCUCCUAUACACUAAUGAGAAUCCAAGCAAUUAUCAAGAACUUGUUGCAGAUGCAUCAAAGAUCAAGAAUUCCAACUUUAAAACAAAUAGAAAAACCCGCUUUAUUAUCCAUGGAUUCACAGACAAAGGAGAAGAAAAUUGGCUGACCAAUAUGUGCAAGAACAUGUUUCAGGUGGAAAGCGUGAAUUGUAUCUGUGUGGACUGGAAAGGUGGCUCUCGAACUGGAUACACCCAAGCCACACACAACAUCCGAGUUGUGGGUGCCGAAGUGGCCUAUUUUGUUAAAGUCCUUCAGUCUGAAUUGGGAUACUCACCUUCCAACGUCCAUGUCAUUGGCCACAGUCUGGGUUCCCAUGCUGCUGGGGAGGCUGGAAAGAGGACUGAUGGGGCCAUUGGACGAAUCACAGGGUUGGAUCCUGCUGAACCUUACUUUCAGGAUACACCUGAAGAAGUUCGAUUGGACCCCAGUGAUGCCCAAUUUGUGGAUGUAAUUCACACAGAUGCUGGCCCCAUGAUUCCCAACUUGGGAUUAGGAAUGAGCCAAACUGUGGGUCACCUGGAUUUCUUUCCAAAUGGAGGGGUGGAAAUGCCCGGAUGUCAGAAGAACAUUAUCUCUCAGAUUGUUGACAUAGAUGGAAUUUGGGAAGGAACUCGCGACUUUGUGGCCUGUAACCACUUAAGAAGCUAUAAGUAUUACACGGAUAGCAUUGUCAACCCUAGUGGCUUUUCUGGCUUCUCUUGUUCCUCUUAUAAUGACUUCAGUGCGAAUAAGUGCUUCCCCUGUACAAGUGGAGAAUGCCCCCAGAUGGGUCACUAUGCUGAUAGAUUUCCUGGGAAAACAAGUGGAGUGGGCCGGAAAUUUUAUUUAAAUACUGGUGAUUCCAGUAAUUUUGCUCGCUGGAGGUAUCGUGUAGCUGUUACACUGUCUGGAAAGCAGGUUACAGGAUAUGUGCUAGUUUCUUUGCUUGGAAAUGGAGGGACCUCUAAACAAUAUCAAAUUUAUAAGGGUUUGCUCCAGCCAGGAAAGACUCAUACUAAUGAUUUUGAUUCUGAUGUGGAUGUUGGGGACUUGCAGAAUGUUAAAUUUCUUUGGAACAACAAUGUGAUCAAUCCAACCCUGCCCAAAGUUGGAGCAUCUAGGAUCACAGUGACAAGAAAUGAUGGAAGAGUGUUCAACUUCUGUAGUUCAGAAACUGUGAGAGAGGACGUUUUGCUCAGCCUCAGCCUGUGUUAG